GUUUGUGAAUUUCGGUCGACGUUGGCGCGUUCCAAAAUUGGUAUUGGCGAUCCCUGGCAGCGCCGAGUUUCUGGCUCGAGCGCCGGGGGUAUGGCAGAAGCGCGCGGCUAUAAUAAAGGCACACUCCCUUCUCCCCGCAUCUACCCGCGUCGCGCCAUGCCUCGCCUUGCCGCGUUUCGUCUCGCCCCACCUCACCUAACCUCUCGUCGUUGCCGCGCGCACACUCGCUCGGUCCCGCUUCGUCGGGUGGCGGCGGCCCUCCUCCGCUCGCUCGGAAUCGGAAAGGGGAAACCGCGCGGUGGUGCGCGCAGGCGCGAGGGUCGAACGGAAAAAAAUCGGCCGGGCUGACGACGGGGGAUGGUCGUCGUAUCGAUCGCGCUAACAUCGGGGACCGUCGGAGUCUACGGGUAUAACCGUGAUGCAGCCACGGUGACGGGCUAUACCCGACCGGGAGUGAAUGACGCCAUCGAGUCCUGCUGGAGGACUCUGUAUGCUUUUCAUCGUGUCUCUUCCUGCGCAGGAAAUCGCAGAUACCUACCCGCGACACGUUACUUCAGUAUUCGUGCAUUUUGCGCGCAUACGAGCCAAUACAAGUGCGCAUCCUGCGAACAUCCGGACAUUAAGAUAACCGAUGGUACAGCGAUGGUCUCUAGAAACCGAGCGAGCGUGACUGUACAGGUUCCUCAGGAGUUGUAGGGCCGACUUUGCCGAUAGCAUGAAAAACCUUUCGCCAAAGAGAGCGAGACUUCGAAGGAUGUCCAUCACGGUCACAGGUCCGACAGGUAGGAUAAGAUAGUGCGCCCUCUCGUAACUUUACGAGAAAAAAGAAAAGAUCGGUCAAUUCUGUCCUUUAUUUAUAUGUGUCAAAUGUGUCCUUUAUUUAUUAUGUUUACGCAUUCGUUGCUGAUUUUAACAUGUCGGUGGCUAUGGGUGUAUAUUUAAAAAAAUUAAAAGGAAGAGAGAACUGGGCGUACAAAUGUAUAUUCUUCAUAACACAUAUGUAUUAACAUAUAUAAACAUGAUAUAAUAACUCUCUUGGAAAAACUAGAAUACUAUUUUAAAGGAAGAUUCUCAGACUUAACUCAGAGACAUAAUAUGUUUCCAGGAACGCAAAGAGAUUGAAUAAAAUGCUCAAGGGGGAGUAUAGUCUGUGAAAUUAGCGUCAAUUGUCUCUUCCACUCGUGUAUCUUUCGUGAACGAGUAAUUGGGUUAAAGAAUACCGAAACGCACGUUCCAAUUUCGCGUGUUUCGCGGGACGUUCGGUUACGGAGGGAUCGCAUAAACGAGAGGACAAGAGAGAUCCAACGGACGACGGUGGAAGGGCGGCAUAGAAAGUUGUCGGUGUUCGAAUGAUUUUCAGGAAUCGCGCGCAACGGGGGUUGCACGCUCGACUCGCGUGCAUUUUCGAAAUUCCGGCUGGGGAGAGAACCAUUUUACAUACGGAAUUAACGUUGCGCACGCGUGGCUAUAUAUGCAGUCGACGCGUAUAACUAUUCCAAUCCAAACGAAUAGCUCGAAAGUCCAUUCAUCGCGGCGUUCAUCUCGAUAUGCACGCCGCUCGUGCAUCAUUGAUAUAUAAAAAUGCGCCGGUCACGGCAUUCUCCACCCUUUAAUUUCGGCACCUCUUUUCACCGUGGCGUAUUAACAACGCCAAUUCGGAAAUUGACUAUUGGCGCGAAACGGAUAUCCUGCAUAAUUAUGUGACUCCGACUGUGACUUCAUUAUUUGCUAGCGUUUUGAAAACCCGCGAAUAAUGCGAAGAACAAACGCACAUAAAAAGCGACACAUAAAAUUGCAUCGAUCGGUAAAUCUUAUAAUCGCCUUCGAAUUUUAAUUCGGCCGAUUGUAAUAUGACUUAAUGUCGCAUAUAAAACUUUCGUCUGCGAAAGAAGAUGCUACGUAUGUCGACAACUAUUUUUUAUGUUAUAUAGAUUUGUAACACGAUGGAGUGGUAAAAUCCACCCAGAUAAUUUUUCACACAAUCAGGUAACUUUCAUAAGAAUGUGACAUGGCCCUUCGAUCCGCUCGCUCUUCAAUUAUAACGUCGCGCAUCGUUUGGCUCCUCUACUUUGAGAGCGCCGAAUACUCCCUGUAGCUGAGUAUCCAAUCCUACGGAGAACGUAUUUUCUGAAUUACCAUGUCGACGCUGAAAGAUAAGGGAAAAGAGGGAAAAUAUAGAGAGAAAGGCAGAAAGAACGCGAUGAAAUUAUCUACUAUAUAAUUAAAGAAUUUCAACUCUUCAAAAUCACGAAAACUAUUGACGUAUAACGAAUGUCUCUUUGUGCGAUAAUCUAAUAGCAAUUAAUUUCGUUUUUCCAUUCGUAACAUCGAUGAUAUUCCAA